ACACCAUCCUGGCAGUGCUCUCCAGUCAUCUGCGGAGUCCCGGUGACCGGACUCCACGACCGUUGAUCCCAGGAGCCGCGUGAAGCCCCGAGCGCAGCCAUGGAGUCUGUAUCCUUCGAGGAUGUGGCUGUGAACUUCACCCCAGAGGAGUGGGCUCUACUGAAUUUUUCCCAAAAGAGGCUGCACAGAGAUGUGAUGCAAGAAACCUUCAGGAACCUGGCUGCCAUAGCAAAAAAGCAAGAAGACCAAACCCUUGAAGAUGACUAUGAGUAUUUAAGGAAAAUUCUUCCCAUUGCAGUUCAGACUGGAUACAAACUAUGUGAGAAUCAAGAAUAUGCAGAAAAAACAGGCACAAAUAAGGAAUGUGGGAAAGUGUUUAGUUCUUCCCAGUGCUUUCUGGAACAUGUAACGACUCAAAUGGAAGAGAAAACUUAUGAAUGUAAGCAAACUAAGGAAGGUUUUAGUAGACACAGUUAUAUUCAGGUCCCUGAAAGAAUGCAUGCUACAGAAAAACCUUGUGUUUUAAAGCAGAGUGGGAAAGACUUUUUGACUCUUGCUGGUAUUCAGCAGCACUUAACACAUAAUGGACAUGGACCAUAUAUGUGUAAAAUAUGUGGUAAAGCCUUUCAUUCUUCCAGUUCUUUCUUAACACAUGAAAGGACACAUACUGGAGAACAGCUUUAUACAUGUAAGCAAUGUGGAAAAACCUUCACUUAUUCCAGUGGCCUUCGCCGCCAUGAACGGACCCAUAGUGGAGAGAAACCCUAUAAAUGCAAGCAAUUUCUGAAAGUCUUUCCUUCUUUGAGUAAGGUUGAAAGUCAUGAACAAACUCACAAUGGAAUAAAAUACAUAUGUAAUCAAUGUGGAAUAGCCUUCAGCGACCACAGUUCUCUUCAAUGCCAUGAAAAGAUUCACAAUUUAGAAAAACCCUAUAUAUACAAGCAAUGUGGAAAAGCAUUCUCUUGUUCUAGUGCCUUGCGAAGACAUGAGCGAAUUCAUACUGGAGUGAAACCGUAUGAAUGUAAGGUAUGUGGGAAAGCUUUCAUUGAUUGCAGUUCUCUUCAGUGUCAUGAAAGGAUUCAUAGUGGAGAGAAACCUUAUGUAUGUAAGCUGUGUGGGAAAGCAUUCAGUCGUCAAGGUUCUCUUAAAUGCCAUGAAAGGAUUCAUAGUGGAGAGAAGCCCUAUGCAUGCAAGCAAUGUGGAAAAAACUUCAUGCAUCACAAUGCUCUUAGAUACCAUGAACAGAUUCACACUGGAGAGAAAUCCUAUGGGUGUAAGCAAUGUGGGAAAGCCUUUGUGUUGAGCAGUGCAUUGAAAAAACAUGAACGAAUUCACAGUGGAUUGAAACCUUGUUUGUGUAGGGUGUGUGGAAAAGCCUUCACAUUUCAUAGUUCCCUUCAUUGCCAUGAAAGGACUCACACCGGAGAGAAACCCUAUGUAUGUAAACAGUGUGGGAAAGCCUUUAUGUAUCACAGUUCUCUUCGUUGCCAUGAAAAUAUUCACAGUGCAGAGAAACCCUAUGUAUGUAAGUUAUGUGGGACAGCCUUCACUUUUCACAGUUCUCUUCAACGCCAUGAACGAAUCCACAGGGGAGAGAAACCAUAUGUAUGUAAGUUCUGUGGGAAAGCCUUCACUGAUCACAGUUCCCUUCGUUGCCAUGAAAGAAUUCACACUGGAGAAAAACCCUAUGUAUGUAAACAAUGUGGGAAAUCCUACAGUGCUCAUGGUUCUCUUCGAUACCAUGAAAGAAUGCACUGUGUGUAAAUACAUUGGAAGACCUCCUCUUUGAAUACAUUUUAAUCUUAUUAACUAAAAACAAAAUCAACAACAACAGCAAAAUAUGUAACCAUUGUGAAUAAGCCUUAACAUGUUCUGGUUCCCUUCAAAAGAACACUAAUGGAGACACACUGGAGAGUAUCUCUAAAUAUAAAAUAAAGGAAAGCUCCAUUAUUAUAAGCUCUUUGUAGCAAACAUGAUGGCAUAAUGAAUUAACCUGUAUCAAUGUAAAGCAUGCGGGAUUAUCUCUACUUGUCUCUCUUCAGUUCUUAAAAAAAAAAAAAAAACACUAAAAUGGAUGGGGAGAUGGGUCAAUCUGUAUAGUGCCUGACACAAAAGCAUGAGAUCCUGAGUUUAAAUCCUCUGCAUCCAUAUACAUUACAGGCAUGGUGACACAUGCCUCUAAAUAAUCCCAGUGCUGGGGAGACAGAGACAACAGAUCUCAGAGCUUGCUCAUUAGCUAGUCUACUCAAGUUCAGUGAGAGAUCUUUCAAAAAUUAAAGUAGAGAAUGGUUAAGGAAGACAUCCAACAUUAACAUCAACCUCUGGCCUAUACAUGCAAGUGUAAAGUGCAGCCACAUACAUAUGAACACUCAUCUUCACAUGCAUGCACACUACAUACAAAAAAGAACACACAAUAUCAAGAACCUUGAUUAGAAGAAAUUAUAAGUCUUCACUUGACCAGCAUAUAUACAGUCAAAACCUUGUAAAUAUAAGUAAAAUUGUCAUUUGUUGCAUGUGUCAAAGGAUGAUGUAGUAGGAUUCUGUUAACACAACUAAUGUGAAGAGCCUGGCAUAAAAUAAUUUAUGGAAUGCUUUAGAAAUUGCACAAUUCAGAGGAGGUGUUCUAAUGUAUAUAAAUGUUUGUCAGUGGCACAUUCUUAGGUAGAUCCAAACUGUGUGCUUCUAAUUUUAUUCUUAAAAAUAAAUGUUUCAGUGAAAU